GCGUCCCGGACCGGGAGUGGUGCCGGUGCCGGGGAUGGCGGUGCCCGGGAUAGCGGUGCCCUUCGUGGAGGACUGGGACCUGGUGCAGACGCUGGGAGAAGGCGCUUACGGAGAGGUGCAGCUGGCCGUCAACCGCCGCACUGAGGAAGCUGUGGCUGUCAAGAUUGUGGACAUGAAGCGGGCAGCCGACUGCCCAGAGAACAUCAAGAAGGAGAUCUGCAUCAACAAGAUGCUCAACCACGAGAAUGUUGUCAAGUUCUAUGGGCACCGGCGGGAAGGGGCCACGCAGUACCUGUUCCUGGAGUACUGCAGUGGGGGCGAGCUCUUCGACCGCAUCGAGCCGGAUAUCGGGAUGCCAGAGCCAGAGGCACAGCGGUUCUUCCAGCAGCUGAUUGCCGGCGUGGUCUACCUGCACAGCAUUGGCAUCACCCACCGUGACCUGAAGCCAGAGAACCUGCUGCUGGAUGAGCGAGACAACCUGAAGAUCUCAGACUUCGGCCUGGCCACGGUCUUCCGGCACAACGGGCGGGAGCGGCAGCUGAGCCGGAUGUGCGGGACACUGCCCUACGUGGCCCCCGAGCUGCUGCGGCACCCCGAGUUCCGCGCCGAGCCCGUUGACGUCUGGGCCUGCGGCGUGGUGCUCACUGCCAUGCUGGCCGGGGAGCUGCCCUGGGACCAGCCCAGCGACAGCUGCCAGGAGUACAGUGACUGGAAGGAGAGGAAGACCUACCUCCCACCCUGGAAGAAGAUCGAUUCGGCGCCCUUAGCUUUGCUCCACAAGAUCCUGACAGAGAGCCCAGCAGCUCGGAUCACCAUCCCUGACAUCAAGAAGGACCGAUGGUUCAGCAGACCCCUCAAAAAGGGUGUCAAGCGAACCCGCGGCUCUUCGGGGGGGCUCAGCGACUCCCCCGGCGGCUUCUCCAAGCCCACCCGCUCUGACAUGGAUUUCUCACCAGUGAAGAGCACACUGGGCGAGGACAAGGCCGGUUACUCUUCGCAGCCGGAGCCCGGGACGGGCGGGAUGCUGUGGGAGAGCGGGGCGGGCAGCAUCGGCCGCCUGGUGCAGGGCAUCAGCUUCUCCCAGCCCGCCUGCCCCGAGCACAUGCUGCUCAGCAGCCAGCUCCUUGGCACCCCCGGCUCCUCCCAGAGCCGGUGGCAGCGGCUGGUGAAGCGGAUGACGCGGUUCUUCACCAAACUGGACGCCGAGGGCUCGUACCGCGCCCUGCGGGAGGCCUGUGAGAAGAUGGGCUACGGCUGGAAGAAGUCCUGCACCAACCAGGUCACCAUCUCGACCACAGACAGGAGGAACAACCAACUCGUCUUCAAGGUGAACCUGGUGGAGAUGGAGAGCAGGAUUCUGGUGGAUUUUCGCCUCUCCAAGGGCGAUGGCCUGGAGUUCAAGAGGCAUUUCCUGAAGAUCAAGGGCAAGCUCAGCGACAUCAUCAGCACCCAGAAGGUCUGGCUGCCUGCCACAUGAGCCCUGCACCCCACCUCCUCUUCCUUCAUCUCCUCAUCUUCCUCCUCGCCACAAAGGCGACCCACCGACCAGUGACCCACUGAGCACACGCUUCUCAUUUUAAAGGUUCAAUAAAGCCCUGGGGGGGAACAAA